CAGUCGAUCUCAUAUAAAUCUGCUAUCGAUCAAACCGAAAUGAAGAAUAGCAAAUGUAACCUCAUAGAUUUGAAGCUCGAAGAACAUCAUCAUCUUUGCGGAUCAAAGCAUUGUCCUGGAUGUGGUCGCAUGAUUCAAGCUGCUACUAAACCAAACUGGGUUGGAUUGCCGGCGGGAGUGAAAUUUGAUCCGACGGAUCAAGAACUUAUAGAACAUUUAGAAGCAAAAGUGAAUGCAAAUGAAGAAAAUAAGAAAUGGUCGUCGUCUCAUCCACUGAUAGAUGAGUUUAUCCCAACCAUUGAUGGAGAAGAUGGGAUCUGUUACACUCAUCCUCAGAAGCUUCCAGGGGUAACAAAAGAUGGCUUAAGCAAACACUUCUUCCACAAACCAUCAAGAGCUUACACAACCGGAACAAGAAAACGACGCAAAAUCAUUCAAACCGAUCACGGCUCCGAGGUAACCGGAUCAUCGUCAGAAACGAGAUGGCACAAAACCGGCAAAACAAGACCGGUAAUGAUCAACGGUCGACAAAGAGGAUGCAAGAAGAUAUUAGUACUUUACACAAACUUUGGCAAGAAUCGACGACCGGAAAAAACAAAUUGGGUGAUGCAUCAAUAUCAUUUAGGGGUUAACGAAGAAGAAAGAGAAGGAGAACUUGUGGUCUCUAAGAUCUUUUACCAAACACAACCUAGACAAUGUGUUGGUAAUAAUAACUGGUCAGAUAAUCAUGGUAGUUCGAAGGACUUGAUCGGAUUUGGCGCCGGAGAUGAGAUAUCCGGCGUUGCUGCCGCUUUGCAGAGUCUUGGCUCCGGUGACGUCGUUUCUAGGGUUAAUACGAAUCCCUUUACAAGAGCCUUCAAUGAGGGGACAGCCGAAGCUUCGAAGGGAAGAGAAAUCCGGCGUGUGUCUGGCACGUGCGAGGAAGUACAUGACGGGACCAUAAAACCAUCAUCAUCAUCAUCAACAUCAUCUCACGAUAUGAUCCAUGAUCAUAAUAAUCAACAUCAUCAAAUCGGACACAUAGCAUCUACAUCUUCAUAUCAACAUGAGACAUUCUUCAAUAUUACAAGUACUGUGCCAUUUCAGCAGCAGCAAUUAAGGGGUCGAUCAUCUGGUUCGGGAUUAGAAGACUUAAUUAUGGGUUGCACUGCUACUUGCACAGAAGACGAAAAUUCUGAAGCAAUUCCACAGCAAAAUGCAGACUGGUUAACGUUCCCACCCUUCUGGAACCAAACCGAGUCAGAUAGUCAAAACCGGAGAUAUUAACCGAAC